GCUAGAUAUUAAGUCGUAGCUGGUAUAUACCGAACGGACUUGCGACGAUUUGGAACUGUCCUCAUCCCCCACCCAAGCUUCGAAAGAGACAUUCACAAUGGCCGCCAACGUUUCCAGCGACCUCAUCUGGCAGCUCACCCGCACCCAGAAUGCUUAUCUGGUCAAGCGUAACAGCGGCGGUGGUUCUCAGUUCUCCCGUGACCCCCUGAACCUGCAGAACAAGCACUCUUUCAAGUACGCCGGCUAUGCCAACACCAAGGCGGUUGGUGUCCAGGCCACCGAGAACGGCGGUGUUGCUGUCAUCACCAAGAAGCCCAGCAACCCCCAGCAGCCUGCCAAGAACGUCGUUACCGUGACCUACGGCCCUAACGCCUCCACCCGCAAGAUCUACAAGGGUGUUGCCGACAAGACUGCCAAGAACGGUUACCGUGCUGAUGUCCGUGAGGACGCCGUCGCCCGUGUCAGCGCCGUCCGUCGCUCCCAGAAGGCCAAGAAGGAGACUCCCGCCCAGAAGCCCCGUGGUGCUAAGGCCAGAAAGGCCGAGGAGAAGUCGGAGUAAAUGCCAACUAUCUCUUUUCCGGGAAGGGCCAGGAGGCAUGAUGUCAUGAGAGCUGGUCGGAAUGAUCGACCAGAAAAGCGCCGUGCUGGCCAAGGGCGGUAACAUCUAUGUAAUUUAGCAAUACUGCUACCAGGGGGGCAUUGUUCUCCGGCCAGGCCAUUCAGAAUGGAAACCAAAAAAAAUCUUGGGAAAUUCAACAACAACAAAAUGAAUGGGGAAA